AUGGUUCGAAAUAUCGUCGUCAUUGGGGGCACGUCUCACCCUCAACUGACCCAGACGAUUUGCGACAUUCUCGGGAUUCCUCCAGCCGACGUACUGCUGUCAAAGUUUUCUGUCGGUGAAACGAGAGUCGAGGUCAAAGAAUCCGUGCGAGGGAAAGAUGUAUACAUCCUUCAGUCCGGUGGCGGAAAGGUGAAUGACCAUCUCUUGGAAUUGCUCAUUACCAUUUCGGCAUGCAAAACGGCCUCCGCCCGAAGAGUCACCGCCGUUCUCCCGCUCUUCCCAUAUUCUCGCCAGAGUGACAUUCCCUACAACAAAUCGGGUGCCCCUCUAGUCAAAUCAUCUGUCGAUGCAAAUCAGGGAGGUUCUAAUGGGUACACCUUUGAGAGUACACCUUCGACUCCCUAUCCCGGGAAGCUUGAGACCGGAAACCCGCUCAGUGGUGUUAGCGUUGAUAACCUACAAAAGAGUUUGGCAAAAGCUCAACUGGAGGAUUCCAGCGGUAGCCCAGUGAAGAAACGCCAGGCAAACGGGAUUACCCGCAGCGACACUCUUGAUUCUCUGAAGUCAGACAGCAGCAAGUCCACACUUCCCAAUGGCCUCGUGGAUGACAGCCAAGACAAAAUCAACAAAUUCCAGCCCCGUCCCGGCUACAAACAAUGGGUGGCUCAGGCUGGUACCCUCGUGGCUGACUUGCUUACCUGUGCUGGCGCGGACCACAUCAUCACGAUGGACUUGCAUGAUCCCCAAUAUCAAGGGUUCUUUGACAUCCCUGUAGACAAUCUAUACGGGCGCCCGCUUCUGAAGAACUACAUUCUGCGGAACAUUCCCAACUACAAGGAAGCCGUUGUUGUGAGUCCGGACGCCGGGGGAGCCAAACGAGCAACCGCCAUCGCGGACUCAAUGGGCAUGGAAUUUGCAUUGAUUCACAAGGAACGACGUCCCACACGAAUUACGGACCGUCAGAAUGCGACCAUGAUGCUGGUUGGCGAUGUGAAAGAUCGGACUGCGAUCCUAAUUGAUGAUCUCGCUGACACGUCGAACACCAUUACUCGCGCUGCCAAACUCUUGAAGAAGGAAGGUGCAGCGCAAGUCUACGCCCUGGUGACACAUGGAAUUUUAAGCGGUGACGCUAUUGACCGCAUCAAUGCCAGCGCUCUCGACAAGGUUGUUGUGACCAAUAGCGUUACUCAAGCAGAGCACUUGCGCCGAUGCCCCAAGCUGGAAGUCUUGGAAGUCGGUCAUGUUUUCGCAGAGGCCAUUCGUCGAGUCCACCACGGAGAAAGUAUUAGUGCUCUUUUCCAGUACGAAUAA